AUGAAUUUUCUGCUCAGCAAUGAGGAGAACGAAGCCAUUGCCGCAGUCGAGGCUAUCAACGCCAUAAACAACACGAACACAAUCCGAUCCGGCCAUUCGACAUGCCUCCGUUUCAACCGGACAGGUGAUCUCCUAGCCUCCGGCAGGGUUGACGGAACUGUUGUGAUAUGGGAUAUCGAAACUAUGGGAGUUGCUAGGAAGAUGCGCGGUCACAACAGAAGCAUCACAUCACUGAGUUGGUCGAGAUGCGGUCGCUAUCUUCUAUCGGCAUGCCAAGGAUGGAAGGCUAUAUUGUGGGAUCUCAAAGAUGGCAAGAGAUACCGCGAGGUUCGCUUUCGAGCUCCAGCGUACAUCGCGGAGCUCAAUCCGUUCAACCACCAUCAGUUUGUCGCCUCUAUUUUUGACGACCAACCGAUUCUCGUCGACAUCUCAGACGUAAACGAUGUCAAAUACCCCCUCCCUUCGGCGCCGAAACACCCCGAUGGAGAACGCACGGAGAAGCAGUUGAAGGAGGAUGCGAAACAAAUGACGACUGUUACGAUAUAUACCUCUACGGGAGAGCAUGUUCUGGCGGGAACCAAUAAGGGAUGGGUGAACGUCAUCGACGUAAAGACUAGGAAGACGAUUUACUCAGAAAAGCCAUGUAGCGGUGUUGUUACAACACUCAGGCUGAACAACUCUGGCCGGGUACUCCUGAUCAACGCGCAGGAUCGUAUCGUCAGAACCUUUCACAUCCCGAACCUCGCAGCUGAGGACCUUGACCUCGAUACUGUACACUUCACGAAGGAACAUACUUUUUCGGAUCAAGUUAACAGGCUGUCUUGGAACCAUGUUACCUUCAGCUCGGCUUCUGAGUAUGUCGCCGCAUCCACCUACAAUAAUCACGAGAUAUACGUUUGGGAUAGGGGUAUUGGAAGCACAGGACUGAUUCGGAUACUGGACGGGCCUAAAGAGGAGCAAGGUGUUGUGGAAUGGCAUCCAGAUCGGCCUUUCAUUGCUACCUGUGGCCUCGAGACGGGGAGAAUCUACAUCUGGUCUGUCAUACCCGAGCAGAAGUGGUCUAGACUUGCGCCGGAUUUCGCGCAGGUUGAAGAGAACCAAGAAUAUGAGGAGAAGGAGGAUGAGUUCGAUAUUUACGGGCAAGAGGAGUUGCAGAAGAGACGAUUGGAUGCAGAGGAUGAGGAUGUCGACGUUGUCGGCUCGGUCUUCUUGAACGGAAACAAUGGUGGCGGUGAAGCGUUUCGCAUGCCAAUCCUAUUCGACCUUGGAGAAAGCGACAGUGAAGAGGAGUUUGUCGCGGUAUCUACAGGAACUAUGAGGAGAAGGAGUCCAGGGGUGGAUGGUGGAAUGCCCGACAGUGAGGUCGUGGAGGAGAAGAUCCCAGCAAGGCGAGGUGCAACUAAGGCAUCCAAGGGUAGGAGGCGAUGA